UUAUUUCUUCUUCUUUCUUUCCCAGUGAAAUUUAUGUUUUCAGAUGCUUUAUUUGAAGCAGGCAAGAUGGAUGUAGUGCCUAUCCGAUGCCUCAUCAACAGUAUUUCUCGAUUUGUUCAUCUUGUCUCUUGUCAGACUAUAAAAGUUACAGCUCUUCAAAUGGACUACAAGAGUAUGGCUGUUGUCUUGAAACUCUUGAAAUCAGUCCUUGAUGAAGUUGUUGAAUCCAAGAUACCUUCAGAUGUUAUCCUAUAUAAAGAGUGUGAAAACCUAGAUAUGGCUGUUAAUGAGGCACGUGAAUUCGUAGAGAACUGGUCUCCGAAGAUAAGCAAGAUUUGCAGUGUUCUGCAGAGUGAGCCUCUGUUGAUGAAAAUUCAAAGAUCAUCGCUUGAGAUUUGUCUUAUAUUAUUUAGAUUGCUGCAGUCAUCUUCAUCAACUUCUAGUGUAACACGUGUUCAACACUGCAUACAGGAGCUCAAGUGUCUGAAGCAGGAAAGGGUAUCAGAACAUAUAGAGGAUGCUCUUAGAUGUCUAAGGGAAGAUAUUGUUCCUUGCGCUGAUCAGCUUGUAAAACUGACUCAAUUACUUGGUUUGACCUCAAAUCAAGAACUGUUGAAAGAAAGUAUGGCUGUUGAAAAGGAGAGGAUUAAUGCUCAAGCCAGUAGAUCGAAAGGAGAUUUAGAUGAAAAGAACCAAAUUGUGGAUCUUGUCUCCUAUAUACGCGAUUGCAUGCUCAAAAUGGAGGCUUUUGAUGCCAAAAGUAGCAUCCUGAUUCCUCCAUACUUCCGCUGCCCAUUAUCGUUGGAACUCAUGUUGGAUCCUGUCAUUCUGGCCUCUGGUCAAACGUAUGACAGGGCUUCCAUCCAAAAGUGGCUUGAUCAUGGGUUGACCAUUUGUCCGAAGACCCAUCAAGUUCUUGCACACACAAAUCUCAUUCCCAAUUACACUGUCAAAGCUAUGAUAGCAAACUGGUGUGAGGAAAACAAUAUGCAUCUUUCAACUAGUUCUGAAUGUGAUAAUUCUGUUCCUGAUUCAUCCCUAUCCAAUGGUGUAUCUUCUCAUCAUUUUGUCCAUACAGAUAGUUUUCGUUGUUCUUUGCCCAGAAGCAGUUCUGGAUCAAGGUCAUCUUCUGAAGCUGCAAAUGGAUUUGAGAAGCUGAAAGUUGAUGCCUUGAUUAGAUUAGAUGGGGAAUAUAAUGAAAGCCGAAGCAAGGAUAUCGAAAAGAAUGACUGCUCUUCGCCUGAGCAGUCAUAUACUCAUAGCCGGAGUGAAUCAGCCUCUAGUGCCAUGUCAUGUAUCGAGUAUGUGCAUUCGAUGUCAAAUGAGGCAUCAAGGAUGCCCAAGAAGCAUGAAAAUGUGAGUGAAUUGUCAGUAGAGAUUAUAUCUAGAUGUUCCGCUGCUUCUCCAUCAAAUAAAGAAUUGGGAUUUUCGCCUUUGCUAUCAGAAAAACAGUUCCACACUUCCAAAACAAAACUAGAUGUUGCAAGUAACGGACACCAUGACAACAAAGGAGCAAAGUCCUUUACAUUUGCUAAAUCAAGGUCUGAUGAUUUAACCACAAAUUCCCAUGUCAAGAAAUUGGUGGAAGACUUUAUGAGCCAAUCAAAUGAAGCACAAA